AUGAAUGGAGCCUGCAAAAAACCAAAUGAUUUUCCUUUACUUGGCAAUGCUGUAUGUGUUCCUCAAGAUGCGCUAUUUGGUAUAUUUUUAGGAACUGUUAUUGGAGCUAGCGUUUUAUUUUUAGGAGUUAUUGUUUUGCUUAUAGUAUUCUAUAAACGAUAUUCCAUUUCUUAUGAUGCACGGCACGACAAUAACGAUGGAUUUCCUCUAUCAGUUGUUAAUGGUAAUAAUGAUGAUAAUGAUGGCGAUAAAGGUGAUGAUGAAAACGAUAGUAUUGUAUCGAUAGAAUCUUACAUUAGAGCACAUCAACGAAUAUCUCAAGUCCUAACUAAGAUCGUUGAUACUAAUCCUUCGAACAAUUCAAUCCGACCACCUGUUCAUGAUAAUGUUAUAAUUUUACAACGAGAUAGAUCAUUAUCUUCAUCAGAAUCGGGAUCAUCUAUUGGUUUACGAUCUCUUUCAAAACCAAUCAAUGGUAAGCGACCUCAACCGACGAAGUCAACUUCAAAACGAUCGAAAACUGCUAAUUAUAUAAUGGCAAAUUCUAUGAACAAGGCUGAUACACAGUCAAAUAUACUUUCUGAUAGGUUCUGA